GACAGUCGAUCGCCGGAGUGAGACGGGGGAGGACUGGAAAAGUGCGGAAGAUUUUUUUUUUUUUUUUUACAGCGCCCACGCACACGACACAAGAUGUACGCCCUGAGAGUGGCCACGCGGGCGGUUGGGCGUGUCGCUGCCACAGGGACUCUCCAGCCCACCCGCGCGGCAGUCGGUCUCGUCAGGCUGCCGCUCAGGGGCGUGGUCACGUCGAUACCAAAGGCCAGAGGGAGAGACCAGGACCUUGAGAUCAGUGCCAAAGGUCAGGGAGGAGAGGUCAGGAUGCAAGCGGCGGCAGCGGGUAUUGCUGACGUCACGAUGAAACAUGACGAGAGCAUGUUAAAGCUAUCGUGGUCGACGGGAGGCACCGACACAUACCCAUACGUGUGGCUGCGUGACAACUGCCAGUGUCCGCUCUGCUUCCACUCGGGUUCAAGGUCAAGGGUCCAUCUUAUCGAGGAGCUGGACCUGAAUGCCCGGCCGCGGAGUGCAAAGGUGCUCGGCGGCCAGGCGGUGGAAGUGCAGUGGAGCGACGGCCAUGUCAGCAGAUAUGAGGCGUCGUGGCUCCUUCCGCGGGCAUUCCAGUCGGCCGAGAAUUACAUACGAAAACCGUCGUACAAACUGACUCCCCAUCCGUGGGGAUCGGAGCUGAUGGAGGACCUCCCCCGCGCGUCCUUCCCCGAGAUGAUGUCCGACGACGCGGCCCUCCUGAAGUGGUCGCAGCAGCUGGAAAUCUUCGGGUUCGUGAUGGUCAGCGGAGCGCCCGCGGAGCCAGGCCAGGUCAGGCGGCUGGCGGAAAGGAUUGCUUUCAUCAAAAAAACGCAUUAUGGGGAAGACUUCACAGUUAUCGUCAAGGAUGACCCGAGCAACGUGGCCUAUCUUAGCGGACCUCUGCAACUGCACGCCGACCUUCCCUACUACCAAUACAAGCCUGGAGUUCAGUUCAUCCACUGCAUCAAGCAAUACGAGGGCAACGGCGGAGACUCGCAGGUGACGGACGGUCUGCACGCGGCCAACCUCCUGCGAGAGAACCACCCGCAGAAGUACCGGAUCCUCACCAGCACGCCCGUGGACUGGUUCGACGAGGGGUCAGACGAAGUGGGCGAAUUCCUGAAGAUCUUGCAGCUCCCGAUGAUUUGCACCGACUCCUACGGCGACGUCUGCAGGAUAAACUUCAGUCAGCCACAGCGCGAUUCCUUCUUCGACAUCCCGGCAGAAGACGUGGCUGCUUGGUACGACGCCAUGAAGACGUUCCACCGACUCCUGGCCGAUCCUAAGAACUGCCUGCACUUCAAGAUGACACCAGGUACUAUCAUGACCUUCGAUAAUCUAAGAAUCCUCCAUGGUCGCACAGCCUACUUGUCCGGGUACAGCGCCAGGCACAUAGAAGGCUGCUACGUGGACUGGGACGAGGUCAGGUCACGACGGCAUGUGCUGGAGAAAAAGCUCGGCGUGAACUCUCGUCGGCUGGUCAGACGAGAGGAGUAGAAUUGCAAUAGACGUGUUGUUGUUGAAUAAAGAAAUAUUGAAAACCGAAA